AUGCUCUCUCACAAAACUCUGUCCACCUCCAAACCCUCCGCUGGAGGAAUUUUCCCCUCUCUCCCUCGCUCCCAGUCCUACCUCUCCUCCUCCAGCACCAACCCCAUUGCCUUCAUCCCUCGCUCCCUCACUCUCUCCCCCCAGUCCUCCUCCUCUCCCUUCGCCCCGCUACACCCUGUGCUACUACUGUGGACUCAAGAGGUGCUCGUAGCAGCAGCAGCCGCGGCAUCUGCGCAGGCUAUCCGCCAAGGAGAUGGCUCCUUCGGAAGCAGCAUCGCCAGCAUCACCAACAUCACAACCAGCAGCAGCUGCUAA